AUGGCAAUCCUUAUAUUUGUGGUCAAAACAAAGCUCAACAAGCCAGCUGUAGUGUACAUGUUCAGCCUGGCAUCUGCUGAUGUUCUCUGUGUGAGUGUGCUUCCUUUGAAGAUAAUCUACCAUUACUCAGGAAACCACUGGGCAUUUGGACGUGAAGUGUGUGGUUGUGCCGUUGCUACUUUCUACUGCAAUAUGUAUUGCUCCAUACUGCUGAUGACGGUGAUAAGCAUCGACCGCUUCCUGGCAGUGGUAUACCCGAUGCAGUCUCUGUCAUGGCGUACUGUAAGGCGUGCCUCUGUGGUGAGUGCAGCCAUCUGGCUUGUAGCCAUAGCUGGGGUGAUACCUCUGCUUAUCAAUGACCUAACACAGGAAGUGCCUCAGUUAAACAUUACGACCUGUUACGAUGCGCUGCAGUUUUCUCUUGUUAAAAAGACCUUUCACUAUUACUACACUGCAUUAUCUGUGAUGUUCUUUUUCAUUCCAUUGUUAAUCUCUACCACCUGCUAUGUGUGCAUAAUACGGAAGCUUGCUGCAUCUAAUGUUGCUGGAAACCUGGGUAAGAAGAAGCAUGCCAUCCUCUUGACUUCAGCUGUCCUGUGCUCUUUUAUUGCUUGCUUUGGCCCAACACAUGUCAUGCUCCUGAUGCAAGAUUUUUGGCCAGAUGAACAACUGGAGCAUCUCUAUGUUGCUCAUUUAUUAUGUCUCUGUGCUGGUACCCUCAACUGCUGUAUCGACCCCUUGAUCUAUUAUUAUGCCUCCUCAGAAUUCCAAAAACAGUGCUGGAAUCUCCUGUGUUGUAGGCCUUCAUAG